GUACGAAAUUCAUUGAAUGGGGAAGCAAAAGUCAUCACCCCAGCCCAGUCUUACAACAUGGAUGGCUAUCACGCCGCCAGCAAUACUGUGUACGAGUACCACGGGUGCAUUUUUCACGUAUGCCGUAAAUGUUAUCCAAAGCAAGGAAACAUGAAGCGUUUCUGCCAUCCCGAUCGAACCGUGAGCGAAGUGUAUGAGGCAACCCUAAAGAAAACGGCCAUCCUCCGUGACGCAGGGUACACCGUCAUUGAAAUGUGGGGGUGCGACUUCGCCAAACAGAAAGAAACCAAUCCUGAGCUCGCAGAAUUCCUGGAAAAGUUUGAAUUUGUGCCACCGCUUGAACCGCGAGACGCGUUCUUUGGGGUCGAACUGGCCUACGACCCUGUACGCCAAAACAGCAGAAGAGGAAGAGAUCAGCUAUGUUGAUUUUACUUCUUUGUACCCCUCCAUUAACAAAUAUGGAACUUAUCCUGUGGGAUUCCCGCAGAUUAUCUAUCGGCCAGAAAACCAGAACAUUGGCGAUUACUUUAGUCUCGCGCAAGUGGAUAUCCUGGCUCCUGAACGCUUGUUCCACCCCGUUCUGCCUGUCAGGGCGGGUGGAAAACUUACUUUUC